CAUCCAUAGAAACAAAACACUCUAUACACGCCACCAGCAUGAGCAAAAACCCAUAACUGCUGAACAUUAUUAUUCUUACCACUUCAAAUUGAAAUUCAGAUGACCAUUUCAGCAUAUUUGUUGUUCACAUCUUCUGUUGGUAAGUGGUAACAUUGGUUUAUAAAUACACCUUCAUGCAAUGCCAUAUUCAUCCACACCAAUACUACAACAAGCAUUGCAAUUACAUAUUCCUAUAUCCCAAAAUCUACUAGAGCUUUUUGUGUUACUACUCUCAAAUGGCCAAUCUCUCAUUGUUGCUGGUUGCAAUUUUAGCUCUUUCACUUUCAUCUGUCAUAGAAGCUACUAUUCUCAAAGAUUUCUGUGUGACAGAUCCAAAUAGCUUGGGCUGCAAGGAUCCAAAACUUGUGGAGGCAAAUGACUUCUACUUUAGCGGUCUUCACAUAGCAGGCAACACCACAAACCCUGCUGGUUCUAAAGUAACUCCAGUGUUUGCAACUCAGUUACCAGGAUUGAACACUCUAGACAUUUCUAUUGCUCGCGUUGACUAUGCACCAUGGGGAAUUAACCCUCCUCACACACACCCUCGCGCCACCGAAGUCCUCACUGUUCUUGAUGGAAGCUUAGAAGUUGGAUUCAUCACUUCUAACCCGGAAAACCGCCACUUCCGGAAAGUUCUGCAAAAGGGUGAUGUGUUUGUGUUUCCAAUAGGACUUGUCCACUAUCAGAGAAAUGUGGGAUAUGGUAAUGCUGUUGCCAUUGCAGCUCUUAGCAGCCAGAACCCAGGAGUUAUCACCAUUGGUAACGCAGUGUUUGGGGCAACACCUGACAUAUCCAGUGACAUUCUCGCCAAGGCUUUCCAAUUGGACAACACUGUCAUCAGUUAUCUGCAGUCCAAGUUCUAGACAAGAGUCAAGAGAUGAAGUUCAGUUAAUUGUUUGCUCUAGUUAUUCAUUUUGCUGUGUUGAUUGAGUGUGGUUAUUUCGAUACCUUUUUCCAUUUUGUAUGCUGCUUUAAUUUUUAGUUUGGUUUUCCUUGUUAAGUACUUCCUUGGUGUUAAUAUGUAUCAUUUGAUUAAUUUAAUUUGCUGCUAAAGGUUUGUUGUGUUAACGAA